GGGUGAACCAGGAACUGAAAUCUACCCCACAAGGCUGAUCCCGUUGAUCCUGCAUCUUGCAUUGACUCUCCCAGAAACCGAAUUCUGACCGACCAACACUAGCGAGUACUAGUAGGCGUCUGCAGAGUCUUCACCAUGGCACCACCGACAGGCAAGCGCGUAAAAGGCGUGCAAAUUUUCCGGCCCUUUGUCUACGGCACCACGGCCAAGCCAUUCGACGAGAACACCAACCCCAAACCGCCCGGCGUCCCGGACGACCACACCCACUCCUGGACCGUCUUCGUGAAGGGCAUUGACGAUGUGGACAUUACCUACUGGCUGCGUAGGGUGCAGUUCAAACUCCACGAGUCCAUUCCCAACCACGUACGAAUGAUCGAAGGCGAAAAGGGCAAGCCCUUCCUCCUCCACGAGACAGGCUGGGGCGAGUUCGAGAUCGCCAUCAAACUCUACUACGUGCCCGAAUCCGCCGAGAAGCCCCAAACCCUCUACCACCACCUGCGCCUGCACCCGUACGGCCGCACCGAAGAAGAGAAAGAAGCCAUGCGCCUGAACGGGGGCCAGGUGAUCUCCUGGGCGUACGAGGAGCAACUCUUCAACGAACCAUACGAGCCCUUUUACGAGAUCCUCACCUCGGGGGCCUUGCCCGCCUCCUCGGCGUCGUCAUCCCUCUCCAACAAAACCGGUUCCAAAUCGGGCGGCGGUGGGAAGGGCAAAGACAAAGACCAUGGCAAGCAGCCGGUCCGGUCCGAGGGCGGAGUGCUGGAGAGGAGCGCCAUGAUACCCCUCACAAAUCGCCCCGGCCAGCCGUUCAGUAGGGAGACGGAGCAGGUUGAGAUCAAGAAGCUGCAGGAGGCCCUGGUCAAGGUGGAGGAACUAAUGAACAGGACCAAGGAGGAGGUGGCGAGGAAGGAGAAAAGGUUAAAAGACCUGAAGGCGGAGGCGGCGAAAGCGUAGCAUCAGUCUGAACUGAAGUGUAGAUGUGGGAGGGAUUUAGGAGUUCAGCACAUCUGGCAGCGGAUCUGUAGUAUUUUUCAUUUGGCGAUACCAUCCGGAAUGGCAGGGAAAGGCGUUUGGUGUUAUGGCGGGCGGGUCAAAGUCAGGAUGUGGAAAAGGAGUACCCGGGUCAUUUGUGAGUUACUGAUAAUCUGGGUCCAACCGACCGGGUGACGGCAACAGAGCAUGGGAAACAAACCACGGACAAUCAUGCAUACGAUGUGCAUCUUGAAUUGAUUCUAGAGAUG